AUGUCGAAAACAUCUCAGCUCAAGGGGGUGAACUAUGCUGUAGGGUCGGUACGCGUUGUGUCGCGGAUCACGUGGCCGAUUUCUCUUGUGUUGACGACCACCAUGUUCACAGAGUCGGAGAAACACCAUCUCACUACCAACCUCAACAUCGAGGUCCAGCAUCGCCAUACCCAGCUUACAUCAUGGCUACACGACCAUUUGGAAAACUUCACGCUGCACCAGGAGGGUCUUGUUUCGAGAAUACCCAAGCAAGUCCGCGCCAUGACACUGCGCGAUUUCCAGAAGUACAAUGGCAACAUGCAGAAUGCACUCCGUGCUGUUCAGCGAGAACGACUGGCUGCCGUUGGCGCCACUGAAAUCGACAAAUCAACCAGGAAGAGGAAAUGGGUUGCGAGCCAGGAGACGGAGAACGAGCCGCCUGCGGCCUCUGAGAAAUCUUCCAAAACAGCACGUGUAGCGUCGCCAGAGAAGAAGAAACCCGUUCCGCCUCGAAUCCGUGUUCUCUCGCAAACAGCAAAUAAGCCGCGACCGUUUGGCUCCCCGAGUCCCCAGAAAUCUCGUGCACCAUUUAGUACCUCGACACAAAGCCCACGACCCAUGUCACCUACCAAGUUCAAACCUACUUCAUCUUCCUCCCAUACCCGAGUCCCUUCCCUUGCCACAUUCAACCCCGCUGUUCCCAAGACGCCAGGCUAUCCAACAGGUAGUCUUCGCUUACCGCGCAAACACGAGAGCAUGUUCAGUCUGAACGGUUCUCCCAUUGCCAACCCACAUGACCUUGAACCAGUGGCAGCACCAACUUUGAAGCGGACAAAGAGUAAUAUUACAAUCUCGCGGGACCCGUCAUUCACCCAAGACGCUCGCUCACGUACCACUUCGCAAUCUUCGACCACCCAACAUCAAUCUUUUUCAUCGUCUUCAUCACUCGAUGGUGGUGUUGCCCUCCACCCUACACAUCCCUCCGCGCCCCAUGAGCGAACGAAAUCCGAAGUCAAGUUCAAACAAUUCAAAUUUCCCCAGGCGCCAGUAGCGGAAUCUGUACCAAUAACCCCUGCUCCUCGACGGCCACUACAUACCCGCGCACAAUCUACACUUCCCAUCACAUUAUCGACCAAGGACGGCCAUUUGCUUACUUUCGAUGCUCUGGAAGCUUCGCCCGGACAACUGGAGGCAUUGGAGGGCAUUAGUAAUAGUGCGAAGAAACAAGCACGGGAGGAGAUGCGGCAGUUGGUUAGGGCUGCAGUGGACAAGUGGACUGUCUGA